AUGCUGCGCCUGCCCGUGGAUUGGAUGAAGUCGACUGGUCGCAGCCUCGGAGGUGUCGCGGCCCGGAGACGCAGUGGGCCUGGCUUGCGGCUUGCCGUAAUCAGGACAGGAACACUGAAGCCUUGGGACUCCAUGAAACCAUCACGACUGGCUUGCGUUGCUCCAUCUGCCACAUAUUGGGUCAUCUGGGAGAAUGGAAAAUACGUGUAUUCAUGGAGUCUUGUUCACGGAGCUGUACAACUAUGCAGUCAUCAUACGCAAAAUACCCGCACUUGCCUCCGUCGUAGAACCGACGUCCUUGCGAACCAACCCGCGUUAAAUAGGCCUCCAAUCCUCAACCACGUAGAUACUGCUACACAGAACGCCUCGAGCUUCGCCGACGGAACAGUGUCGUUUCAGACACCCAGCCACAGCGGCGGUGAGCCUGGAGAAACACCGCCAUCGUAA